AUGUGCAACCUGGCCUACCAAUUUGAAGGCUGGGCAACUACCUUCUAUGGCCCUUUUGUCAGGGCUGAGCUCAAAGUUGAAUCUGUUCGGAUCCCCAUCCGUGUGGUCCGAGUUUUUUUUUACUUUCAGAACAGUACUGGAAACUCACAGCUUUCUUUCUCAACUUGUGCCCACAACCUGGCCCACAAAUUUGAAUGGCCCCUUGGGAGUUUUUGCUCUUCGUCCACCACAUAUUUCUCAGACGGUUUGGCCCAGAAACCUGUCAAUUUUUUUGGCUGGAAGUACCUUUCAUCACCAACACCCUCUCAACCACUCACCUCCACUCAGCUGUCCCCCACUGGUCUUAUUCAAAUGGAGUUUGACAAUGACACCUCAAAAUUGUACAGGACCAAAGUCUACCCUGAUAUACCCUCUGCUGAGGAGAAGAAGCAGAAACCUCGAGACAGGCACAAGCCCUAUGCACCUCGUGGAGGGAAUGGAGCUGUAGGCUCGCGGCGUGCCAACACUGCUUUUGGAACAAUAAUUGCGCAAAUUGAGGCCUUAUUGAGGGCUCAUCUUCAUGGAUCAAUCUACUCAGAAACCCCCUUUCCGGCAGAAACCCUAGGAUUUCUGGUUGUCAGGUAG